AUGGGUGAUCUUUUACCGAGUAUACCGAAGAGUACGUUGGCCAGUGAGGUAGAUGGUCACAAUUGGAGUGUGGUGGGGCUGGACGCGUAUAGCACGGAUGAGGAAUUGGCUGCAGUGGAACUGUUCAAGGAUUAUCCGGAGGGGCUGCUGCGCUUCGCGUCUGUUUGCUGUGUCUUGUUCAUGCUUGUUGGAAUCCCUGGAAAUUUAAUCACAAUAGUAGCUUUGGCGAGAUGCAAGAAGGUUCGAAACGCGACAGCCGUGUUCAUAAUGAAUUUGUCUUGCUCCGACUUGCUAUUCUGCUGCUUUAACCUCCCGCUCGCAGCUUCGACGUUCUGGCAGCGCUCGUGGGCUCACGGGCGAACGCUCUGCAGGAUGUUUCCUCUUGCAAGAUAUGCACUGGUUGCUGUGUCUUUGUUUACUGUGCUUGCGAUCACCAUAAACAGAUAUGUCAUGAUCUCACACCCAAGGCUAUAUCCUAAAUUAUACAAAAGACAGUACCUGGCUGUGAUGGUAGCUAGCACCUGGGCUUUCUCUUUUGGAGCACUUGUUGCGACGUGGCUGGAAAAAUGGGGACGUUUUGGCUUAGACCCCUCCAUUGGAUCUUGUUCUAUUCUUCCCGAUCAAAACAACCAUUCACCAAAAGAAUUUCUAUUCGUUGGGGCUUUUAUGUUGCCUUGUCUGGCCAUUGUGAUAUGCUAUGCGAGAAUAUUUUGUAUUGUAAGAGAUGCUGCUAGACGAUCACGUGCACCUGGUCGAAGACCUAGACCUGGUAUAGAAGACUCUGCUGUUGGCUCAGCUUCCACAGCGCUAGAACGAUCUCCAGGCCCAGAAAAUGGAUACAACCACGUCGCACCUCCUAAAAAAGCUCUACUCGCUCCGCCUACACUUCAUUAUCCACCAACUCCGGGACCAGAACGUUCCUCAUCAUCAGGCGUAGAUACGUUAGAUGGUCAUGACGACGAGUGUGCUCUUGAUGCUAAACCAAGAACGCCAAGUGGUGGGGAUACGACCAAAAGACUUCGACAGGCAGCGGUUGCGUUAAGACGUUCGCCGGCGCCCGUCAGACCGCCCCGACUAACGCCAAAAGACAGAAAACUUUUGAAGAUGAUUAUGGCUAUAAUGGUGUCAUUUUGGGUAUGCUACUUACCAAUCACUCUGACAAAACUGUUCAGAGAGUUUACCUCUCAUCCUGCCGCGAAUAUUGCGGGAUAUAUUUUAAUAUAUUUGACGACAUGUAUCAAUCCAAUCAUUUACGUAGUGAUGUCGAGUGAAUAUAGACAGGCCUACAAGAAUCUUUUAAUGUGCCGGAAGCGGGCGUGA